AUGCUAGUUAUCUCCCUUACCAUUCUCUGCCUUUGUCUGGUCGCCAAUGUCAAACUGCUGCACUCCCUUCUCCAAGGUCCCACUCCUCUCAUCAUCAAAAAAUUCAUCAACGCGGACUUUCCCGGACCGCUGGGCUACCUCACCGGAUACCUCGCCAUCAUCAUCGGCGCCGGGUUGACCAUCAUCGUUCAGAGCUCCUGCAUCUUCACCUCCACCCUCACCCCGCUAGUCGGCAUCGGGGUCAUCGAACUCGACCGGAUGUACCCUUUGACCCUGGGGUCAAACAUCGGCACCACGACCACGGCGAUUCUCUCAGCCUCAGAAACGCGUUACAAGCAGCCUUCUGCCACCUCUUCUUCAACAUCACCGGCAUCCUCCUGUUCUACCCCAUCCCCUACCUCCGCUUCCCCAUCCCGCUUGCCAAAUUUCUAG